AUAUUAUCCACACACCAACGUCUCUCCUCUGUCAGUGUAGGCAGGGUGUUCCAGCCGCCCCGCUCCGACGUGAUGUUUCAGCUGCAAAGCAAAUUAUAAAAGCUGACCAGAGUGCUCCAGACUUUAUUUGAGAACAAAUGUGACCAUUUCCCAUUUCCCGACAGUCCCCUCCUGCAGGGUUUUCAACACAGACAUCUUUUCUUGUGAGCUCUCCAAAAGCAGAAGACCACCGACUACCCUUAUGUGGCCGUCUCACCACCAGCACCAUUCAAUCAAGGAUCCGCAGAGGCAGUGGAUCUGACCGGGGCUGAAGUAACAGGCAGCUGCUUUGAACAAACCAGGAGAAACUUUCCUCCUUGGCUUGUGCACCACGGUGAACUGUGAUCGCUGCUGUGUGGGUUUUUUUUGUGUGUGUGCCGCCUCUCACUUUAUUUCCACGUGGGUGAGCAGUGUGAGCUUGUGUUUGUGGCACCUCCCCGCUCCUCCAUAGAUCUGGUUGCUCACUAGCACCUUACAGGCUGCACUAUGCAAUUCUGCUGCACCUCCUGGCUGCUGUAGUUAGAACAGGAUCUCGAGAUACCUCCACUCCCCCCUUUGCCUUGGUUUGGACUCCGGACCGUGUGUCAUGCCGAGACACCUGAAGCGCACCCCGGUCCCUUUGCAGGACCGCAUGGUUCCUUUGUAACUGGAUCUACUUUUUUGUAGGAAGAGGAGGGCAUGUUCCUCUGGUCUCUGGAGAACACUUGCAAAGAGGAGAAGAAAGUAGAAAGACGAGGUUAAGCAGUACUGACAGACGGAGGGAGAGAUAGUCUUAGAGAGUGUAACUUACUUGUAGAUGUUUGAUCAGGCCACGACUAUGGGCGAUGGGAACCACCGCUGUGGACCCAACCCGCUCUGUCCGGACCGGAUGGAAGCAAAGUGCCGCGCCGAGAUAGGGAGCCGGUCCCCGGUUCAGAGCUCCACCGACACCCCGGGGACAUCAGCGUCCACCCCGACGUCCUCUAGCGAAGACGGACACGACAAACUUUUGGGAGUGGACCCUGACUACUGUCGGAGGAUAUUAGUAAGGGAUGCCAAAGGCACCAUCCGGGAGAUCGUGCUGCCGAAGGGCCUCGACCUGGACCGGCCCAAGCGCACAAGGACCUCCUUCACGGCCGAACAGCUGUACCGGCUGGAGCUCGAGUUCCAGCGGUGCCAGUACGUGGUGGGGCGCGAGCGCACGGAGCUCGCGAGGCAGCUGAAUCUCUCCGAAACACAGGUCAAGGUGUGGUUCCAAAACCGGCGGACUAAACAGAAGAAGGACACCACCAAGGAUUCCGACAAACGCUCCUCUAACACGAAUGAGUCGUUGGCCACCUGCAACAUCCUGCGCCUCCUGGAGCAGGGCCGCCUCCUGUCAGGCCCUGUCCCGCCACCUAACUCCCUCCUGGGGCCUCCCCACUCGGCACACAACGGCUCCCUGCUGAGCAGCCCGGGCGGAGGCUCCUCCACCUCUCCAGGGAUCAACAGCAGCACUCCUCCCAGCUCCCUACCAGGGGGGACUUUCGGGCUGUCUCUGCCCUCGCUGGGUGGCACCCCGCCAUCACCGCGGCUGGGCGUCCCGCCACCGCACUCCCUCUGCUUCUCCAUGCCGCUGCUGGGGGGCGCUCAUCAUGAACUGACAUCUGCCUACGGCUGCGGUUCAUCAGCGUUUGAGCCGUACAUGCGGCUGGACAGGAAGGAGGCCGAUAUGGGAGGAAAGAAGACAGUUUCUUAGGUAAUGUGUCCCUCUUUUAGGACACCAGGGGCCUGGGACUUGUCGGGGUAAGAGUUCUUCUCCUCAGUCGUUCGCCAUGCCGCCUGUUUGACACUUGAGGGACAGCAGACACGGGAAAGAAAGCACCCUGGAUCAUGAGAAAUGUGAGAAAAGGAAGAGACCGGGUUGCUUUCCUUGCGGCACCAUUUUGUGCCACAGCACUGUCGGGCACACUGACACAAAAUGGUGAAAAGGACGCAAUGUGACAGAGACUCUGGCACAUAAAACAAACAAACAAACUGAAUUACUGCAGAAAUGCUGUGUGUAUGUUGUGUGAACCCUGACAGACAGAUGUUUUUAUUGCCACUCUCUUCGCAGUGGUUUGUGACUCUUCACUUUUUGUCCAGUGAGUUUGUGUGUGUGGUUUUCUCUCUCUAUAUAUACAGGCCUUCAUUUACAUCAGGAGAAAAAAACAUACUUGACAUGGAUAAUUCAGACAGAAUCAGUGUCUGAAUGGGAAGAGUGGUAUUUCAAAGAGAGCAGUUUGUACACAUUUCAGUACAUAUUCCCAGACAAGUGGCCAUGUUUGAUUUCAGUUAAUGUGCUAUCACAAUAUGGAAGAAACACUGAAGAAAAAAAAAAAAAAAGAAUUGUAGCGUUUUAAUAUCGGUCUGUUUGGUGUCCAGCAGUAGUUUUUGUAAAUUCUUUAUUUGGUUGUAUUUGUGUGUGAAAUAAUACGUGGUAGAAUCUGGACAAAUGGUGCAAAAAUCACAUAUCUUGAUCCGAUAGUUUAAUAUAAAAGAAAAUGAGAAGAAAACAGAGUAGUUUUGUGAGAACGCUGGUUAGACUCUCCCAAAGCAUUUAUGGAUCAAGCUUUGGAGUUGCCACACUCGUGUCCUCCAAUCGCAAAAGCAAGUCAAGGUCAAGCAAUGACCUUCAAACCCAGUGCAAACUUGAAAUUAACUUUUUAGUCUGUGAUUUGCAGUUUCCCUUUGUGGCAGUUAAAUAAGACUCAAAGAAAAAGGUUUGGACAACUUUUUUAUUCACAAAGCCAAAUUUGUGUAGGGCGGAAAUGAAAGCGUCAUUCUGCUCUUCAAUGAGUCAGCUAUAGUCUCAAUCCACAGAUCCAGAGAUUUCUCUUUUGCAUCUCGUUUCUCAGUGUAGUUUGGACUAGAGCUUCAAUAAUAACUUGAUUCAUUGAUUAUCAAUAGAAUAUUAAUCUGCAAUGCUUUUUUGUAAUUUUUGAGAAAAAAUACCAAACAUUUCCUGCUUCCAGCUUCUAAAACAUGGCAAUUUGCUGUGUGCGGCAUUUUUUUCACCUUUUUAAAAUGUUUUUUUUUUUUUUUCUUCACAUUUCAUAGACCAAGUGAUUAAAUGAUAAUGAAAAUAAUCAUUAGUUGCAACCUUAGUUGGUCCUAUUGAGUCACAACACCUGUAGAAUCUGCUCCUGUUUUACCCUGCAAGAUUUUUCUACUUUAGGUUGGCCAUUUUAUGGUUUGCGACAUCAUAACUAUCAGAAGUACUGUUUCAUCAGGUCAUAUCCUCAUCUCUAGAAAUCACAAUUUAAUGUUACCCAGGAAACUUAGGUUGCAAUAAGCUGCAGCAUCAUGUGUGUCUUUUUAAUGAUAUUUUAGUUAUUUUUUGGUAUUUUGUUUGCCCCAUGAUUCCCUUUUUGAUGUUUUACUCUGACUUUUGGCUCACCCUCCUGUUAGACCAUACCACAGCCCAUCUUAAAUGAAAGAAAUUCCUCUGCUUGCCCCUCAUUGAAAGCACUUUAUUUUGUAGAUUUUUAUACAUACUCCUUUAUCUCCUCCUUUCUUGCUUUUGAAUCUAUUUCAUUAACUCGUUGUUGGGAACAGACUAAAAAACCUUCAGCAGCUUUAGUAAGAGUCAGUGUUUGGAGUCGGUUUAUUUUUCUCAUAAAUUGCCAGAAAACUGGAUUUCUGCUACACUUCUGAUUGAUUAAUUUUAACCUAAAUUGACCUCAAGAUCUGAAAACAGCCUGCUUUGAUGUGCACAUUUCUCUGUGAUUGUGGAUUGAGCAAAUAUACAAUAAAUUCAUUCAGGACAGGCUGACGUAGGAAGGAAAAAUAAUCAGCUGUAGUAUUUUUUCCUCUCCCCAUGAUGCCAUUUGUCCAAAGAAAAUCAAAACUCACCUGCGAGAACCUGCAAUUUGCAACAGUUUGCCCUCAAUUUGUGCAUGUCACAUGACUUUUCAUAUCUUCUGUUUCUCAUCUGUUUGCUGCUCCUCAUUUUUUCACUUCUCGUUUCCCCGUGUAUCUUGUCAUUUCUAAGUUUCAUCUCUUUGUGAGAUUUAUUAACGUUUCUCCCCAUCCCUUUCUCUCACACUCGCUGAAGGUGACUCGACAUCUAUUAAAAAGAAGCGGACACUCUCAUGACAUCAAUUUAAAAAACUGCUCACAAGUAAAGGCCAGGCUACAUCUAAAACAGCCGAGCACGUUUCCAACUGCAGAUACGUUUCUCGUGGAGUGCAUGGAAAUGUUCUGACCUCAAACUCCCUGUCUGUCGGCUCACCGGGCCUUUUUACACCUGUGUAGUGCCGGCUGGUAGCAGGUGAUUUGUUGUUGUUGUGUUCAGACCCCAGCAGUGCUGCAAAAACCCCUGUUAUCCACUCACUGCUCUUUGCAGCUGUGCACCUGUGCUGCUGUUGAACACUGUAUUAUUUUCUAUAAGCACCAUCCAUAAUUCACACGCUGUGGCAUCAAAUAUUGAGCAAAGAGAUGGAGCUGAGAGGUCAGGAGGCUUGCUUCUCGUGUAAGGCCCUUUCAUGAACCCGUUUUUCUUUCUUUACUCACAACGGGGUUGUGUUGCUUCGUUGCUAAGUUGCUUUCCUGCUGUGUCAUAAGCAAAACAUAGUCUCUGUCCCCCUUUUCUGCUGGAAUAUUUGAUUUUUUUUGUUGCAGAUUUUAGAGCUAGGAAUUAUUGUGGAUAAAUGAGCUCUCAAAACUCUUAAUGGAUCUCAUUUUCAGUUAUAUGUCAGUCAAUGUGACAGGAAACGAAGAUAAGAAAAAAAAGCUGAUGACGUUGUGACAAAAGAAAUCUUCUUACACUCCAUAUUUCCCUCCACAUUCAGAAUCAGCGCCACCUCGAUGUGCUGUCACUGUAAGGUGGUGUAUUGUAAUGUAAAUCUGCAGUUACUGUAUUGUACGCUCAGUCACGGCGAGACUACUGAAUAGUGGCUACUGGAGGAACGAUUCAGCUUGAGGGGAAAAAGUCAAGGAGGUGAGACAACACUUCUCUUCCAGGCAACAGAGUGAAGUUUUGCAACGCCUUGCAUCAGUUAAACAAAGCCUUUUGUUUUUAUUUUUGCUUCUACCGCUUUUCUGCUUUCUUUUGCUUCUUUUUCAGGCAGCUUCUUCUCAUUCCAGCUGAGGGGAAGUGUUGCUUUUUGUUGUGUGCAAUCAGUGACAUCUUGCACUUGUUUAUGUUACCACCAUCUCAGAAGCAUUAAGGGCCUUCUCGUGGCUCUUGCUACUGCAUCAUGAUUUUUCUGAUGGGAAAAGUCCUUUUCAGAUUGUGUGGAAAUGUUCCUUUACUUUAAAAAUGAUCAGAUUAUCCUUGGUUUACCUUUUUCUUUAUGCACAGCCAAGGUCCUGCAUAGGCCGUAACUUCGUUUCUUUAAGCAGUAAAAGUUACUUAAUGUCAAGCUAAUGGCACCAGCUACAACUUAUGAUGAACCAACUCUAUGUACAUAGAUAUAAAUUUAUAUAUGAGUAUAUAUAAAUGGGUCUUUGCACAAGUUCUUCAUGUCCGCUCCAUGUGAUUUUAACAGGAAAAACAAAAUGCGAAGGAAGAUUCAGAAAAAAAGACUUUAUAUAUGCUUUUCAAAUCUUUGUCUCAUUAACAUUUUGCACUUAUUUAAAGAGGCUUACUUCAGUUUCUGGGCUGACAGAGCUGUUUUCACGCUCGGCCAAGAAAUUGUACAAUAUGUAUAUGUAUUUUUAUUCAUAUUCAUAUAAAUAUAUGUCUAUGUAAUUUGA